AUCAAGCAGCACAUCAUGGCCAGUAAAAAGGCCCGACGGACGGACAGUGACAUUGCGUGUGAGGAGGCCGAACGCUUGAACCAGGAUCCUUCGCCGGAUGACGAUGAAGCAGGAUGCGAGUACCACGACAUGCCGCCGCCACCGGACGGUGGGUACGGCUGGGUGAUCGUAUUCGCGUCUUUCAUGUGCAACAUGAUCGUGGACGGCAUUGCGUACACGUUCGGUGUGUUUUUGAACGAGUUUGUGGAGUAUUUCGGCGAAGGUAAGGGCACGGUAGCCUGGGUUGGUAGCCUGCUCAGUGGCAUGUACCUGAGCGCUGGACCAGUAGUGUCGGCGUUGGCCAAUAAGUUCGGUUGUCGGGCAGUGUGUAUCGCUGGCAGUAUCAUAUCCUGUGCGGCGUUCGCGCUCAGUACACUCAGCACCUCGGUGACUAUGUUGAUGCUCACGUAUGGUGUGAUGGGUGGUAUCGGGUUUGGGCUGAUCUACCUCCCGGCAGUCGUUGCCGUGGGGUACUAUUUCGAGACGAAACGCUCGCUGGCUACUGGCAUCGCCGUGUGUGGUUCCGGUUUCGGUACGUUCGCGUUUGCGCCUUUGGCAAACUUGCUGCUGCAGAACUUCGAUUGGAAGAACUCGAACCUCAUUCUGGCUGGGUUGAUCCUGAACUGCGCCGUGUUUGGUGCGAUGAUGCGACCUCUCACGUACCCGAAGGAUGACAAAGUGAAACCGUUGAUGCAGCGCAUGUAUGAGGAAAAGCGCUUGCAGAUGGAGCGCGGCUCGAUCGGUGGGUCGUACUUCAUGGUCCAGCUGCCUGACGGUACGAUGGAGAAAAGACUGAAAGCUCCGCUUAAUGCUGAUCCGGGCGUACACUCGAGCCUGGCCCUGGACCAACUGGCAGCACAGCAAGGCGGUAUUCAUCCCGUGGCGACGUUACCCACCAUUUCUGAGUUUAAGACUCAGGAACAGAACGGAAGCAGUGGUUCGUCGUCCGAAUCAAGCCAGAUCGAGAUGAAGAAACCCCUGAACAAGAAGCGUAACACCAACUCCGAAUCGGACGCCGGAGAUUAUGGUGGGGAUAACCUCCCACGCAAUGCCUCUCAGCCAGCCUUCACUAGCCACCAGUCUGGCAUCCCCAAGAAUGGGUCUGUGCCGACGUUCGAUCGCGUUCGCAAGCACUCGACCGGAGAACGCUUCAAGCCGUCAUUGGCCGCCAUCAAGGCUAGCUCACGGGGUGAUGUCGGUAGCAACGGUGACGUACGUAAAUCCAUGCAACUCAGACUCUCACGCGGCUCAGUCAAUGGCAGCAAAAAUAACAUGGUGCGCCCGUUGUCGCGUAAGGACAUCUUCUACUCCGGUUCCGUAACCAAUCUGAAAGAGUUCCAAUCGCAAAAGUCGCUGACCAACUAUCGCAACUCCGUCGUUUCGCUGACCAAAUUUGAGAAGGAACACCGCUACGAUGUUCGAGACGACGUGGAAAAAGGACGAGAAGAACAAUACGACCUCUGCCCAUGCCUGAAGUUGCCGGAAUCGUUCAAGAAUGCGAUCGGUGCCAUGAUGGAUGUAAGUCUGCUGCGUGAUCCCGUCUUCAUGAUGAUUGGCGUCUCGAACAUCUUUGGCAUGGCCGGUCUCUAUGUCCCGUUUGUGUAUCUGGUCGACGCGGCCGUCAUGGACGGAAUUGAGCAAAACUCUGCAUCCUUCCUCAUCUCGAUCAUCGGCAUUACGAACACUGUGGGUCGUAUCGUGUGCGGUUAUGUGGCCGAUUUCCCUCAAGUGGACGCCCUGUUUCUUAACAACAUCUGUCUAGUCAUCUCCACCGUGGCGGUCGCGCUGACGCCGUUCUGUCACACCUACGCGGCGUACGUGGCCAUGGCCAUCGCGUUCGGUAUUGCCAUCGCUGGCUACAUUUCGCUGACGUCAAUUAUUCUGGUCGACCUGCUCGGACUGGACAAGCUGACCAACGCGUUUGGUCUGUUGAUUCUGUUCCGUGGUGCCGCAACGAUUGUUGGUUCUCCGCUGGCAGGAGCUCUGUACGAUGCCACCCAGUCGUACUCAAUACCCUUCUUUGUGGCCGGUGGACUGUUUGCCCUGUCCGCUAUUACCAGUUUUGCGGCGCCUGCAAUGAAGAGAUUCCGGAAGCAAUCGGAAGCUCCCGUGCACGUGGAGGUGCUGACCCCUAUCGAUGAGGAACCAUCCGAGGAUCUAGCGGACGACGACCAGCCGAUCACGAUGGUCCCCAAGAUCAUCCAAACUGCCCCUAGUCCGUCCACGGAGCAACCGAUCAUGUCGAAUAUCACCUCCAGCACGACGAUCAACGAUGAUCGUAAGCAGACCCAAUCAAACGGCGGCACGAAGGAGUCGGACAAGGAAGUGAGCCAGAUGGAAUCGGUUUUGUAACGCUACUGAAUUGCAUCCCACAAAAGGUAGCCACGCAUACGGCCGUUAGAGGGCGCUCGUGAAGAAAGUGGCGAGAACGGAGAAGUCGACCUCGAGGUCAGGACGACUUGGUAACUUCCGCGAGGUCGAUGUUCGUCCGCGGCGUUGCUUUUCGACCUUCCGAUCAUUGCUUUUCGUGAACAAAUGCUGACCGAAGAGAUGGGGUUGAGUGAACGCUAUCCGUUCUGAUGUUUUAUCUAGCUAGUGUUAGACUUACAUGAUUACAUCUAAUGAGGAUUUGUUUUGAUUAUGUUAUUUUUAAUUGAAACAAACGUGUUUUAUCGCUACGUAGCGAAGGUGAACAAAACGUGGAACAAUGUGCGACGUUGCAGGAGAAUGAAGUGUGUGUGUGAAGAUUAGGCGUAAGGGGGGCAAGAAUGAUAGAAUCGUAAUUGUGGAGUAACCAACCAAGAUGAAAUCCUUAGUGUCAUAGUAAGAUACGAAUGAAGCGAACGAAUGUGUUAAAAUGUGUGCAAAGCAUAAUGUAAAAAAUAACUAAAAACCAACCAUCGCGUGUGAUUAUGUUGUUUUAGAUUAUUGCGCGAUUUGUUAUUACGUUUUAUUCAUUUACUGUUUUGUUUUUCGUUUCAUUGACGAAAGGCGGUUUUAAGAAACACGUACCGAUGCGGCAGGAUGUACGAUUUUUUGUCGUAUUAUUUCUCAUUAAGAGGAUUAAGUUCGGGAGCCAUAUCCAUAGCUGGUUAUGUUUAGAGGUACUCGGUACUUAAAAAGCUUGUUUGAAACGAACCGAAGGUGACACACGCAUGAUACCACACAGUUAAUAUUGUCGCAUAAAGCUGCAAGCAAACAAACCGCUCACCCGCAGGAAAGCGUAACGAUAGCGAACAAAUCUCUACCAAUUUGCCUAGCCAAUAGCCAGUAUGUUAGCAACAGAGAACCAGCAGCGCUUACGGAAACUAGACGCAGAACGCCAACUGAUCGCAAAUUUGCAAACGAAGCUCACAUCCUUCGGAGAUCGACAAGAGUCGAUCUUCGCCGGAGAGAUGCAAUAGGACGACGGUUGGCCCAUCUUUGGAGCUAGCGAGCAAACCAGCUCAGAGUACGAAAACAGUAAGCAGAACUCAACAGUCCUAAGUAGUGUUGUGUAACGUGUAAUAAACAUGAACAUAAUUGAGUAUUAGCUUCUUAUGAGUUGUAUAUAGGAAUGAACAAAUGGAAAGAAUGUACCGGCGCUAACGUCGUUCUUGAAGUCAGGUGAUACUCCGUUCCACUUGCUGCAUGCAAAAUGGCCAUAUUAGCUUAACCGAGGGCCGAGAAAGUUCGAAGGGAAAGCUUAUAAUACACACCCACACAAACUCACAAAAUGGUACAGAACCAAUCCGCUGACAAUGUAAUAGAAAUGAAUAGGAACGCAACAUGCAACGUGCAGUUGGCAGGCGUACUCAAAUAGAUGGAUAAACUAGGAGAUUUAACGACUAAGAAGAAUGCGCUUGAUACGGAUGGCGGAGGAGAAUCGAAGUUUGCUUGGAUGGCUAGACAUUCUUUAACGUCAGCUAACAUACUUUCUUCCCAUCGUAAUUGAACGGAUCUACACGUAGGAAAACGAGCUUUUGCUUCUCCACUAAUUGCAGUUGCCACCCAUAUACAAGCAAAAUUUGAAACACAUUUGAUGCCACAUUUAUCGCUAAAAUAUGUAACGCAAGAAUGUCGUGUUACUCGGAAGGAAAGGAUUUUCCCCAGAACAAGCUAACGUUCGCUUUGAGCAGCAAACUUUUGAUUGUACGAUGAAUCGAUAGCGCGGUUAUAAAUGAUUUUUAUAGUCCUAGGAUACGUUAGGAAGUGUAAGCGAGGAGAUGAAAUUUAAAAUUAAAAAAAAAAACUAUCAAUAUCUGCGCUUCGAAGUACUCGUCGAAAACGUGGUUCAACGGUUGGUUUUGCAUUAGUUACGAAUGUUUCCGGGCCUUUCCGGGAUAAUCCAGUUACGAAAACUUCACCUUCACAUAUCAAAAAGGCAGGCCGUUUUUGACAUGCUGCCAGUGAGAAAAAUAUUUUGUUUAUACUUUCUACAGUUGUUAAUACGUAUUUUCUCCUCCAUUCUAUCGAUAAGCAAACAAAAAAGAAACGUUUUUUCUUAAAGAUUUACGUCUUAUUCGAGGAUGGAUCGAGCUAAGAUUUUGCUAAAUAUGUUGUUUACAAAUUUCCCUGCGCUUUAUCGAGAUCAAAAGUUUGAGGCUCAAAUUGAACGUAUCUGGGUGGUCGUUCUUCGUGUCGUAUAGUAAUUAUUGUGGUUGUUCCUCGCCAGGGAAUCACCCCAGCCAGUACAAGCAGCAGAAGCGAUAGCUUACGAAAUGGAACAUGCAUCAUCUGUAACAAACGGACAAAAGAAGCAAAUGUUG